UACUCUAGGAACAGUUUUAUAGGAGGUGGGGAUGGGAAACCAAGGCUGAAAAAGGGAGCGCAGAGGGAUUGUCCGCCCCCUGUCUCCCUUGUGCUCCGUGUCAGUGUGGCCUUCCUCGCUAUAAAUAGCCAACACCAGAAGCAUUUCCAAGUGCCGAGUUAAAAAUUCUAGAGGAAGGAAGGAGGAGAGCAGUCUAUAAUAUUAGCAUUGGAGGAGGGAUGGAGAUGGGUUAUUUCUUGGGGAGGAAGAAGAGGGGGGAUUUACCGAGUCUGGAGAACGGGAUGGGAGGGGAUGAGGAGGUGGAGGCUGUGAAGAUGCCGGCCAUUCCUCCGCCGCAGACGCCGAGGGAGCCGAUGGAGUUCUUGUCGAGGUCGUGGAGCGUGUCGGCCUCGGAGAUCUCCAAGGCGCUCCUCGCCGGCAACAACAAGAGGCACUUCGUCGUUGAUCGCCUACCGGACAUGAUGAUCCCCGAGAACUUGGUUCUCACUGCUGCUGCGGCUCAAAGUCGGCAAAGACCAUGCACUGCUUUGAACUCAAUCAUCACACGCCAUACGACGACUGAGAAAUGGUUUCACCACAAGGAGCCCAACUGGUUUAGAGCAACGAAGAAAGAGAAGGUUCGAGCGGAGAGAGCCGGCAUCCAUGCCGCAGCGUCGGUAGCUGGAGUAGCUGCAGCGAUUGCUGCCGUGGCUGCACGCACAAGCUCGGAGAAUCAAAACUCAAAGAUGAAUGCAGCCAUGGCCUCUGCAACCGAGCUACUGGCAUCUCAUUGCAUAGAGAUUGCAAAUCUAGCAGGAGCCAGCCAUGAGCACUUGGCCUCUGCUGUUAGUUCUGCAGUAGAUGUUAGAGCCCCUGGUGAUCUGAUGACUCUCACAGCAGCAGCAGCAACAGCAUUACGAGGAGCUUCAGCAUUGAAAUUGAGAGUGCAAAGUGAAGCAAGGAACAACUCGGCGGUCAUCCCUUAUGAAAAGAGCCACUUUGGCAGCCCAGACAUCUGGUGCAAGGAAGGCGAGCUGCUCAAACGCACAAGAAAAGGGACCUUACAUUGGAAAAGAGUGUCAGCGUAUAUCAACAAGAAGUCACAGGUCAUAGUAAAGCUCAAGUGCAAACACAUUGGAGGUGCACUUUCUAAGAAGAAAAAGAGUGUUGUUUAUGGUGUGUAUGAUGAGGUUCCAGCAUGGCCGGGGCAUGAAAGGGAUUGUGCUGAAGAGAGAUGCUAUUUUGGCCUGAGAACAGCUCAAGGACUAAUAGAGUUUGCAUGUGAGAACAGGACUAGCAAACAGAAGUGGGUGGAUGCAGUGCAAAAUCUGCUUCGACAAGUAACUGGUAGUGCAGAGCAUGUAAAGCACCCCCUGGAAGUACUCAAACUCGGUUUGAGUUUCCAGAGAUUCUUCUAUGGAUUUGAUUUCCAUAGGUUCGUCGAUAGAGAGCAGGUUGCGUAAAGAAGCACAUGAAGGUCAGAAGAACUGGGAUUGGCAUGGUUGGCUGUGUAAACAUGCAGACAUCUGGUGAUGGGCUGUUUACUUGCAGGUUUGGCCUGCAGGCCUCCGUAUCAAGCCAGCUGGGCUCACAUAGGAAGAAAGAGAGCAUGUCUUUUAUUGCAUGCAGAUUCUUGUUGAACUGCAGCAUUCCAUAGAACAAUAGAAAUGAACUUGGGCAAACUGAUCAGAUGAUGCUUCCACAAGAUAUUUUACUCCUUUCCCCCCUUUUCCCCAAAAGCAAUUCUGUUAAUAGAAACACUAUGCAGCAAGACACUUAGGAUGUAUGAAUUAUGUACUAGCUCACAUAAGCGUUUGUCAGGUUCAUAUGGGCCCAUCAUAGUAUAUCCCAGUGAUAUGCUACCAGCCCUGAGCACAUGCAAUGCAUGUGAGAAAGAGCAAGAUAAUUGACUAUGAUCUCGAGAUCUUUUAACAGUUUAAAUGUGUUAAAUAUUUCAGAUGUUAAACACAUUUCCACUUUUGGUUGCUAUUUUUUUUGUGUCUCUCAAACCAAAAGAGAAAAAAACCACAUCAUAUCAAAGUGGAUGAAUUGAUCAAAAGGAUAAAUACAUAUUUACAAAAAUAUCCUCUAAAAGGGGGAUCAUCGAACAUGAUGGUAGAUAUGGUUGAUGGAUCUCCAUUUGGCAGUUUGUUUUGUAAUAUAGCAAGCAAUGAAAUGGUCGGUAUUUUGACAUGUUCAAAGAUAUCUUCAGAGAAAUCUCCCUGAACUAUGUUCCCCAAUCAGGUGUUCCUGGCCUUACUUCCCAGGACCAUUCACGAGGUCACUUUCCAAGUAAAAAGUGAGUGAUUUGACAAGAUCAGAGUGAAUUUUUGUCAAAACAAGGAUUAAUCCAAACUCCAACAAAAUGAACACAGGUUUCAGGGAUCCCCCCUCUUCUGUCUGAUUUUAACUUCAAGUUUGGAUUUGUUUUCGUAAAAUCAACAACCUGCUGGAGUAACAUAAAUUUGUUGAUUGUUUAAUAACUUUAUUGAUAUGUGAUUGAAUUAAAGAUGAUUUAACAGAACUUCAGGUGGGAAAAAUGCUUUCUCUAUUUUUUGCCACUCAACUUUACAUGAUAUGCUGUGGUUUGAUGCAUAGCAGCACAUAAUUUUCAUAUAUCUCAUAGAUUAUUAUAUCUGUCCUUUUCCAUUUAAAAAUAAAAUAGGAAAAUUAGCAAAUUUUCACCCUACCAUUUAAUUUUUUACAUUUAGUGUUAAUUAAUAAUUAGAAGUGUUUAAAUUGCAUCACACAUCCAUGUGGAGUUCUUUUUUUCUAAUUUUUACCACAAUAAAUAAUAGAAGCAGCCAAAAUGCCAUAAAAAGAAAAAACAUACUAAUACUCGUGAUAUAUCCCUUUUUUGAAGUAAUGUGUGACAAAUAUUAGCAUAAUGACGAAGAAACAAAUUGUGGAACCUACUUCUCAUUUCUAAAUUCAUGAUUGGGUUUAUGAUGGCUCUCCAUGUCUGGACCGAUAAUUUCCAUAGCUUGAGCUCUUGUCAAGGAGAAAAGAGCUUCAAAGUUUUCUUUACUUUCAUAAAAAACGUCCUUCUGAUAAAAUUUUAAACUUCCAGAACAUUAUCUUUUCACAUAAUACUCAUUAAACUGUUCAUACAUCCCUCAAUUUAACCUUCUCAUGGAAAGCCUUGAUAAUUAGUAGAUUAGAGCCUCAAGAAAGAAAACAAUGCCGGGAUCUUUGCCUUGUUUCAUUGCCACACAGAAGCUUGAAGAUGUUAAUGUCUAGUUAUCACAAUUUCUACACAUCGAAAUUUUCCCUAUCCUGUGAACCUAAACAAUCUAUACUAUGGACAAGCUCCAUGCUAGUUUGACAUUUGAAAUCUUCUACUUCAAGUGCUUCGCUGCUGGGCAUGGUAUCAGAGCCUUACUACUAACACCUGCCAUCACUCCUAGAUAAAUCUGGUAUGAUGUAAAUUAUUGGAGUGCCACGUUCAUUACUCAGUAACUGUCUUUCCAUCAGUGAUAUAGCUAAUCAUGGAUGCAAUAAACCCUAAACCCUAACAUCAUUUAGUUAGUUUUCUUUUAAUAUUUUAUGCCAUAAAAUAUGUGGUCAGUUCUAAUGAUUGCUUGAGUUUUUUUGUAAUAUUGCCCUGUUUAUUUGCAAUCCAGGUGACAAUUUCUUCUGCCCUUUGGACUAUUAAUUAGGUUCAUAUCCUGAAAUUUAGAUUCUUCCAUUUCCUUUUUAUGUUGUUCCCAUAGAUAAUGUACAUAUCAUCUGAAACUGUGGAACAUGCUAUCAGGCAUUAGCUAUCAAAAAAUUUGACAUGCCACACAUUGGAAAAGAUGAGA